CCCAUCAAACACACCCUGUCGCCCGUCGUUAGCCUGUAAAGUGUAAACAAUUCUCUUCCUCAUCGGAGCAAGCGGACGAAUUAAAACAUCGCCAUAGCAAUAUAGCUUGAAGGUUUUGUGAGAAAUUUCUUCUAGCUUUUCUUCAUAAGCUUAUCGCGUUAUCGCUGCUUCGGAUUCACCAAUCACCCUCAAUCUCAGUUCUCACUCUAUAUGUCUUAGUCUCUCACUCUAAACAACCGACCGUAAAUGCUCGCCCGUAGACAAAUUCUUAGCUAAAUUUAUUUAUAUUUUCUCCUUCAAGCUCAAAAUGAGUACCUCAAGAGAAGAAUCUCCAGAUUGGCUUCGUUCUUUUAAGGCACCUACUCCUGUAUCAUUAUCGUCGGAUUCAGAGUCCCCUUCAAAUGAUAGUGAUGAGGACGGAAUGAGUCUCGGGAAAUUGUUUUCCAAAGAUAAAUCCAAUACAAUUGAGACUAAAAACAAUUUGGAUGGGAAUGACACGUUGGUUUACACGCCUUCUAAAGAAAAGUUUCCUGCUAAGAAGGCAAGAGUGGAGCAUACACCAGGUGGAAAGAGGAAGAGAGAAAGUCAACUUGAAAAUAAAGGAAAAGAUGAUGAUUUAAAGGUCAUUUCUAAGAGAAAAGCUACAGAGAAGCUUAUUUCACAUGAGGAACCUGAACAUUCAGUCUGGAGUCUCUCAUCCGACUCCAUGUCUUGUCCUGAUACCAGUCCUGUAAGAGAGGGCCAUAUCCUUGAUAAAGACUUACUUGCACAUAAUGAAGCUCAAGACAUGAAAUCUGAAGGAACAAAAGAUCCAGAUUUCCUUGACAGUGAUGGAGAACCUGCCCCCACCAAGGAUUUGAAGAAGAAAUCUCCGAAAAAACAAUCUGAAAAAGAUAAUCACACACCAAAAAAGAAGCAGAAAGUAGAAAAGACUAGAAAUGAGGAUGCAGAGAAUAAAGCUAAUGCUGAUGUCCUAGAGGAAGAUAUUCCAGAGAAGCAUAGUGGAACACAUGUUUCAUAUUCAAGACUCCCUUUGUUACUUCCUGAGAAAGUACAAAGGUUAAAGGCACUUGUGGAGUGUGAUGGUGAUUCCAUAGAUUUGAGCGGCGAUGUGGGCGCUGUUGGGCGGGUUGUAAUCUCAGAUAAUCCAUCUGGAAGCAAUGAAAUGCUUUUGGAUCUAAAAGGAACCAUAUACAAAACGACAAUAGUUCCUUCCAGGACAUUCUGUGUGGUAAGCUUUGGUCAAUCAGAAGCAAAGAUUGAAGCCAUCAUGAAUGACUUCAUCCAAUUGACGCCACAAUCAAAUGUUUAUGAAGCUGAAACAAUGGUUGAAGGAACUCUUGAUGGAUUUUCAUUUGAUUCGGAAGAGGAGCCUGACAAUUUGCCCAAAAAGGCUGCUGAAGGCAAUCAAAAUGAAGCCAUUGAGGAUGAAACAAAUGGAAAAACAGAACGAAAAGCUAAAAAAUCAUUAGGGGCUGAGCAAAAGAAGGGCAAAACUGGAGGGGGCAAGCAACCAAAGAAAGCAAAAAAGAAACCUCAAGUCACAAAGAAAAACAAGAAAAAAUGAGAAGGUUGUUUUUAACUUCUUCAUAUCGUGUACAUUUUCUUAAUUUUCUUGGCUUGUAUUCCUUUUUUUUUUUUAGCAAGCUUCAAUUGUUUUACAGAUUUCUGAAAUCCUAAUUAUCAAUUGGUUGGUAGGGAGCCCAAGCUUGAUAGAAAGUGCUCUUGGUGCAACUUAAACUUCUAAUGAAGCCCCUAUCAUCUCUAUUCUCUGUGAAUUUGAUUACAAUUGUGCAUGCAUACACAGAAUUGAAUGUGUAAAAAAAAUCUCUAUAUACGUAUCAUAUUCACGUAACUGAAAUCAUUACGAAUACUGACUUUUUAUUAUGAA